UUGUCACAGCCCUGUAUCACCACUCUUAAAAGGCUAUCGCGGCCACUCCGAGCACCAGUUGCUGACCAGUCUGCCGCCUCACCUCCCCGCCUGCUUCUGGCUGCCUUGAAUGCCUGGUUCUUCAAGCUCCUUUUGGGUCUGACACAGCAGGGACCAUGUCUACCUUCGGCUACAGGAGAGGACUUAGUAAAUAUGAAUCCAUCGAUGAGGACGAACUCCUUGCUUCCCUAUCAGCUGAGGAGCUGAAGGAGCUAGAGAGGGAGUUGGAAGACAUUGAACCCGAUCGCAACCUUCCCGUGGGGCUAAGACAAAAGAGUCUGACCGAGAAAACCCCCACGGGGACAUUCAGCAGAGAGGCACUGAUGGCCUAUUGGGAGAAGGAGUCCCAAAAACUCCUGGAGAAGGAGAGGCUGGGGGAGUGUGGAAAGGUUGCAGAAGAAGACAAAGAGGAGAGUGAGGAAGAGCUCAUCUUUACUGAAAGUAACAGCGAGGUUUCCGAGGAGGUGUACACUGAAGAGGAACAGGAAGAGGAGGAGGAGGAGGAGGAAGAAGAGGAGGAGGAGGAGGAGGAGGAGGAGGAAGAGGAGAACAGCCAUGAUGAGGAAAGCGCAAUCGAAGACGAGAAAGAAAUUAAUGGCAAUGUAAACUAUGAUAGUGUCAACUCCAACAACUCUAGGCCACAGACAUUUAAAAGUCAAAUAGAAAACAUAAACUUGACCAACGGCCACAGUGGAAGGAACACGGAGUCGCCGGCUGCCACUCACCGUUCCGGGAACCCUACGGUGAUCGAGGACGCCUUAGAGAAGAUUAAGAACAACGACCCCGACACCACCGAAGUCAACUUGAACAACAUCGAGAACAUCACCUCGCAGACCCUCGCGCGCUUCGCCGAGGCCCUCAAGGGCAACACGGCGGUGAAGACCUUCAGCUUGGCCAACACGCACGCGGACGACAGCGCGGCCCUGGCCAUCGCCGACAUGCUCCGAGUCAACCAGCACAUCACCAACGUCAACAUCGAGUCCAACUUCGUCACGGGCAAGGGCAUCCUGGCCAUCAUGCGAGCUCUGCAGCACAACACGGUGCUCACGGAGCUGCGCUUCCACAACCAGAGGCACAUCAUGGGCAGCCAGGUGGAGAUGGAGAUCGUCAAGCUGCUGAAGGAGAACACCACGCUGCUGAGGCUGGGCUACCACUUCGAGCUCCCGGGACCCCGAAUGAGCAUGACCAGCCUCCUGACGCGGAAUAUGGAUAAACAGAGGCAGAAGAGGAUGCAGGAGCAAAAGCAGCAGGAGGGGCACGACGGAGGGUCCAACCUCAGGACCACGGUCUGGCAAAGAGGAACGCCCGGCUCCUCGCCCUACGCGUCUCCCCGGCAGUCUCCCUGGUCAUCCCCCAGGCUCCCCAAGAAAGUCCACAGUGCGAGGAGCCGCCCCGCCUCGCCGCCUCCUCCGCCGCCGCCGCCCCCUGCGCACAGGCUGCCGCCCCCGCCGCCGCCGCCUCCUCCUCCGCCGCCGCAGAACAAGCUCAUCACCCGCAACAUCGCCGAGGUCAUCAAGCAGCAGGAGAGCGCCCAGCUGGCCUUGCAGAACGGACAGAAAAAGAAAAAGGGGAAGAAGGUCAAGAAACAGCCAAACAAUCUCCUGAAGGAAAUAAAAAAUUCGCUGAGGUCAGUGCAAGAGAAGAGAACGGAGGACGGCUCCCGGCCCUCCACCCCGCAGCGCUCGGCGCACGACAGCCUCAUGGAAGCCAUUCGGGGCAGCAGCCUGCGGCAGCUGCGGCGGGUGGAACUUCCGGAUGCUUUGCGAUAAAACAUCUUUGGAAGAGGAUACAGAAUUAUUCAUUGGUAUUAAGUGAAGUGCAUUGUGAGAUGUUUCUAAACUACCUUCUUCAAUUUGCAAUGUUCUCUGACUUUAAAAAUAGCCUCACCCAUUAAUUCCAAAGAGAAUUUUAAGAAACAAUCAGCAUGUUUCUUCUGUAAAUAUGAAAAUAAACUUCUUUUUUAUGUCAUGA